UCUACAGCGUGUAUGGGGAAUGCCGGGAUCUAUGUUUUCGAUUCGGAGUGUUCGCUCUUGGAGACUAGCAAGUUGCGCGCUCAGGAUGAAGGAAAAAAAGUUAGCUCGACUCGGAUGCACCAUCACUACGUCGAAUGGGUUCUACGAAACGAAGCCGAGCAAAUGGGCAUGCUGGCGGAAACGUACGAGUCAGCCUGCAUUUUAGUGCAUGUGUCACCGGGAAGUACUAAGCCAUGUGCGGUGGAUCAACCCCGGUGGAGCGGCGGCGCCAAUCAUCUCCUCGUUGAUAUGUCCGACAAUGGGAGGGGUUCACGACCCAUCGUGGCCGGUAGUUACGCCAUGGAAGCGGCUUCCAACAUGCAGACGUGUUUCUACAGGAGUGGUUUCGACAUUUCCGUGCCUCUUCAUUCCAAGAAGGCGUUCAACAAUCUGGCCGACGUUGCCGCUUGGGAUCGGAACUUCUUCCUUACAACAAAGGGUUCAUUAUACCUUAGCAGGCACGGUUCGGGGGAAAGGAUGAGUCUUGUGCCACUCCAGGACGAGGCCAACGGAGUGAUAAUGUCAUUGCACUGCUUCGAACUCCACAACGAGCACCUACUCCCGGAAAACGUCGAGUACUGCCGAGCGCUGAGCGACCGGUACGGCGACCAUAGCUACGAGAGCCUGAUGAACUCCACCUUCGGGUUGGUUCCAGCUGGCCGAUCUCCCGGCACGUUCCGUCUCGGAGAGGUAAUGAGCGCCGGGUCAAUUCCCGUGUUCGUAGGCUGGGACCUGGUUCUCCCAUUCAAGGAGCUAAUCGAUUGGUCAUCGUUCUCUUUCGCGUUUGCACCGGAUCAAGUGGGGCCGCAAAUGGUGAGGACCCUGCGGGCGGUUCCCCGAGCGGAGCUGGAGCAAAUGCAGCGUAAGUCGCUCAAGGCUCAUCGGAAAAUCUUCGGGGUGGACAAGGGCAUCUUCGUUCCAAGCGCUAGAAUCAUGCUUAAAAUUCUUCAAAGGCGGCUAGGACACCGGAUGGCGCGAUGA